CCUGUCGUGACGAGGACGCGUUUCGUUUUAAUCGCACCACUUCCACAACAAGACGGACUUAUACUUGCGGCCGUGCCACCUCACACCCGCCGCUGCCAGUGCGGCCUGGAGGGCACGAAGAACAAGUGACGCAUGUUGGACAAGGUCGCCCUUGUGGGGAGACGAGAGCCACCGCAUUACUACCGACCCAAGAUGGUUUCCUCGAUAAUUUCGAGUAUCCCGCCACUGCGGUACCCACACACGCAGCAGACGAGGUAAGCGAAUCGGAAUCGGUAGAGGACCAUCAACCAGAAAUAAAGAGAGGACGAUACAGUUACCAAGACGGAGGCCAACAUCUGUGUCGUGAUAAUGUUAAUGACCAUAAGCAGCUUGUGGGGGCAGCAGGCAAUGGCCAGGAUUUCUUCUACAACCACAAGCAGCACAUCAACCAAACUGCAACCACAGCUAGACGAGCACUUGUUCCGGAAGAUUAUAAUGCUGCUGCGACCUUCUAUAUGACAGUGCACAACUGCCCCUCCUUUUCAUUUGUAUAGCAUGAACGGCAGUAGUACAAGCAUCAGCAAGAAUGCCGGUCUUGCAUGACAAAUUCAAAUUUACAAUGGAGUGCAGUGCUACUUGGGGGCUAGCAGAAGUUGUCAUGCAAACAGCGCCAAGAGGCAGAGCCUGGAUUUGGGAAAUUGCAUGACAAAUGAGGGGGAGAGGCGGUUGUGCACUCUCAUAACGACCUACGACUUCGACACUAGUCCACGAGGACUCGUUAUCCAAGAAAAAAAGUGUUUCACUGUAAGCAAGGAUUUUGCAAGUUUUGCAUCACAGGUUUGCUCUACAUGACAGGGAAAAUUUGCCAUGCGAGGUUCCUAAGAGAAAACACAGCUAAAAAUCGACUCUCUUGCAUGUGUAGCAAGACAAACACUUCUUAGAUGCAUUUUCUGCAUUACAAGUCUACAGUGAAACAGUUUUUUUCUUCGAUACUCGCCCUCGCUCCGCCUCCUCCUCCGUCCUCGGCGAGAGCCUCUUCAGUGCUACUACAUCUACAACACCAAGCCGAGAUCUACACCGGCCGGUCUACGGAAGGCGGCACUUCUUCGGAGGGGACAGCCGACCACCUGGAAUACUUCGCGUCCCCCUUGCACGAUGUGCACAAACAUAAGCGGAGAUCGAUGGCGCAGAGGACGUAUGAAUUGCAAAAGUAUCGUACUAGUAUUAAUCGCAUGACAAAUUUUUUCAGCAUGAGAAACGAAAUUUGUAAUGCGAAUCCACCUCAAGAAGGAGGUUUGUAAUGCAUGGCUAUGGUUACUACGAGGGCGAUACUUGUUUUGCAAUUCAUAGGACGUCCUUUACUGCCACACUCGGAGGUCGUGGCCGUGGUUGUAGCGGUGUACGGAGCCGUUCUGGAAGCUGGAUGAGUGCUAUGACAGUGCACAACUCCGCCUCCCGCUAGUUUGUCAUGCAAAAUGCCAAAUCCAGCUGCUGCCUUGUAGCGCUGUUUGCACGACAAAGAAAUUAUGGAAGCCCCCAAAUAGUUAUGGUACUACAGUCGGCGCACGAACUUGUCAUGCUCAGGCUCCACGUGUGCUGGGGUUUGUGUUGCUGCUCAUGCAAUACAAUGGAGAGGGAGGGGGUUGUGCACUUUCAUAAGCGAAGUCGUGGUGGUGGACAACGUCACCGAUUUCUGCCACGAAAUAUGGCCCGCUCAGGUGUUCUUACCAUCUCAACUGUUGCAAUAGAAUCCGGAAUUUGUCUUGCAUGAAUAGCAUAAGCACUAUACGGAGAUAAAUUGGGCUUUUCGCAAUACAAAUUUCGCCAGACUCUCAUUGGGUUUGGAGGUCCGAAACUUGUCAUGCGCCCACCUGCGAGGCUAGGACAGAUGUUGCGCAUUUUGCAACACAAAUUCCAUACUCUGGAGUCCCGUUUGAAGAGAUUGUUGUAACACCUGAGCACGUUAUACGAAAUGGCCCGGAUUUCGGUCUCCCCAAGAAGGCGACUCCGCCAGGGCGGAGAAAAAGUAGACCACGAGGAGACCACAAACAGGCGCAAAACUUCUUCUAUGUCGAGCGGCUUAAUACCACUUCCACUACCCCGACCCCGAGAACGAGAAGAAAAACCUGGACGUGAAAAUAAGCAGACGACCGCCCCGCCCUUGUUGCACGUUAACCCGGGCGGAUGCGGGAAGAAACAGGAGACAUGUGUUUCCGCCUCCCCUUCUUGUUCCGCGACGAGCGGGAGUAAGAGGAAUGUGAGUUCUCCUUGUCACGAUUUCUUGCAAGACGAAGACGAUGAAAAGCUGCACCUACUUCAGCUGCAGCGCGCUGGUCACCACUACCGGCAGGAACAAGGUCUACAACAAAGAGUGGGCUCAUCAAGUACAAGUAGACGAGCAUGUCGAAAGCUGUCCGGCGCGCGGCGGAGAACCAAAACCAUUGUCAUCGACGCGUCAAUAUGCAUUGCAAAAGUACCGUAUUAGUAGAAACCAGCCAUGCUCCGGCUGCCGCCGGAGCGCAAGGCUGUUGGGCCGGGGCAAGGCUGUUUGCCGCUCGGACCACAACCCCACGGGCCUAGUAGGCACAACGAAAAAUACUGGAUUCCUGCCGCCGAUUUGCGCCUUGCCAAGCCGCAGGACCACUUGCGCGCUUCCCGCGCCUGUGGGCGCUCUGCGCAGGGAGCAGCUGCAAAGAACACCGGGGGCGAACAGAAGCCGCAUGGCGGGAGAGGGUGGCGCGGGAGGGUGGCGCGAGAGGGUGGCGCGAGAGGGUGGCGCGAGAGGGUGGCGCGAGAGGGUGCGCGAGAGGGUGGCGCGAGAGGGUGGCGCGAGAGGGUGCGCGAGAGGGUGCGCGAGAGGGUGGCACGGAAAGGCGCCGAACAAAACAAGUCCGCGAAUGGCCUGCAGUGCCAAAUAUGGGCAUUACCAUGCGGAUCCGCGCCCGCUUCUUUGUGCUUUUACCCUCUCGCAGACUUCUCGCAGACCCUCUUUUUGACCUCUUUUGGGGGUCCCCACUAAUAAUCCGGCUAUACUCGCGGGUAGAGGUCGACAGAGGUGGCCGAGAGGUGGCCAAGAGGGUCCGCGAGAGGUCGCCCCUUAUUCGCAACACCUCUCUCCACCUCUGUCGACCUCUCGCGCCUCCUCUUUUUGACCUCUCUGCACCCUCUGUGCCACUUAGGCGGCGCCUAAGGGUGGGCGCUUACUGCGGGCCUUAUUCGCGCACCCUCUCGCGGACCCUCUCGAACGGGGUCCCGCGCCACCUCUCCACCUCUGUCGACCUCUUUUCUACCUCUGUCGACAUCUUUUUUACCUCUCGGCCACCUCUCUGGGACCCUCUGUCUACCUCUUUUUUCGCAUGAAUAUAAUGUAUAGUAAUUGCAUGACAAAGACAAACUUUCUCAAGUUGAGAAAGGAGAUCAUUUGUAAUGCUGGUGAUCUGCCUUCGGAGAGAGAUCUGUCAUGCGGGAUUCCAAUCAGCAUUACUACCAGUAUGGUUUAUUACUUUUGCGAUGCAUAGUCAACAAGCAGUCCUCGUCGGCCACUAGGAGGCCGCGUAGCUGUGGGGGCAGACGACUCAGACCAGGCUGCUAGACAGAAAAGUUCCCACGUCGAGGCGGAAGAACGUCGAUGGACAUGCUUGCCUUCGUCUUGCCCGUGCGCGAAAAGAAAUCGGGCGUGUGAUGUAGUUGUGCAACCGUUGCCCCCGCAGCUGCGGAUUGUUUCUAAAAAAGUGGUGGAGGUUUGUCAAGUGGUCGCCGCGAAAACGAACACGAAGCCCCAGAGCAGUAUGGGAGUGUCAGGAUCGAAAUUGACAAAGUCGAAAAAUUUGCGAUGCAAAAAAUGCAUGACGCGAAGUACGUGUGUUGCAGAGCAGGCAAGUGAGGCCGAUUGUGAGCCUGUUUGGGGUUACAGCACGAGAUCGAGCUGCUAAAGCAGCAUGAGAGACUCAGUCUUCUUUGCCUAGCCAGCAUUACAGCGUGGCUUUAGGCACCACCAGAAUUUGUGAUGCACCACUUAGAAACUGGGUUCGAACUGGAAUCCAUAAUUUUUUGCAUGACAAAUUAUUUCGAUUUUGUCAAUUUCGAUUCUGGCACUUCCAUGAGCAGAAGAAAAG